UUGCGAAGGAAUAGGUGGAAAAGCAUCAGUCGGCCACCACCCUGACCUCCAAUUGCAGCCGCUCUGCCAGUUGACAUGAGCAACCUGAGUGAGCUGCAUCCUCUGGAUUACUUUGUUUCCGGCAUCUACACAUUAGCUUCCCUGGGAGACCCUCAACAGGAGGAGAAGUGUGUGCAAGUGCAGCUACUGCCUGAAGAUGCAAAGUGCGCGUUCGUGCAAGAGACGGCCGACUGCCUCACUGAGAGCUCUUUCGUGCCCUACCUCUACUUUCUGUUCUGCAAAUUCUCAGCAACCACUAGGUUUGCUGGAGUUGCAGUUUCUGUGGGAUGGCUGGUCUUGAUGUUUUUCCUGCUUGGAAAAUCAGCCAACGACUUUUUUUGUCCAUCUCUGACAGUGAUAGCCAAAGUUUUGGGCCUAUCAGAGAGCCUUGCCGGAGUGACCAUCCUCGCCUUUGGCAAUGGCUCCCCGGACAUAUUCACCUCGCUCGCAGGAGCUCCUCACGGUCGAUCUGAACUUAUUUUCGGAGAACUCCUAGGCUCUGGCCUCUUUGUGACAACAGUCAUUGCAGGCUCCAUCAUCAUCAUCAGACCGUUCAAGGUCGUCGACAGGUCUUUUCUGCGUGACCUCAUCUUCUAUCUAGGGGCGGUUUACUGGGCCUUUUAUAUCUUCUAUAAAGGGAUCAUCACUACCUGGGAGGCCAUUGGGUUCAUUAUCCUUUACCUGGUCUACAUAACAGUGGUCCUGUCAGAAAAGUUCUGCCUCAAGACGCAACCUCCGAUUGAUGUUGAAAAGAACGCUGAAGAGCGAAAGACUGGGGAUUUUCCGGACCGCAAUGGUCAAACCUCGACUCUGAGCUUGCCUGGGUCGUCAAGCCAUGAUCCAAAUGAGGUGCUGGACCGCAAGAGAUCAAUGACAGUCAGCAUUGUCCAAGAGUUGGCCAUCCAGCAGGAUAGAUGCAAAGAGCUUAGAUGCCAGGGCAUUGCAGCAGAGCCGCCAAUGCCACAGGAGGAUUGUACACUUGAUGAGAACACUCCUCUUUUAACAGGAAAGGCUAGUGCACGAAGACCAAACAUCUGGCGAGAACUGCAAGAGGGGCUUGUGCAACUCAUCGGUCCCAAGAAGCCAGAAUGUUGCUUGGCAAAUCGGGUGUUGCACUGGCUGCAGCUCCCAAUUGUGCUCAUCUUGGCCCUCGUCUUGCCCGUGGUCAACUACACGGCGCUCAGACACGGCUGGUGCCGGCCGCUCAAUGCGUUGCACUGCCUUACCUGCCCACUCUUCUGUAUUUUCGCCACUCAAGUGGCGACAGUUGCCGUGAUUUGGCCGUGGCUGCAGCUGUGGUAUCUUGUUUUCCUCUUUGGAUGCGUCGCCUGUGCGUUCGUCCUGCUUGCCACCAAACCCUACACGCCGCCCAGAUACCAUUCAAUUUUCGCCUUCCUAGGCUUUGUUGGAGCUGUGGUGACAAUUUACAUGGUGGCAAACGAGGUUGUCAAUCUGCUCAGGGCGAUCGGCAUCCUUUCCAAUAUCAGCGACACUUUGCUUGGCAUGACCGUCCUUGCGUGGGGAAACAGCAUUGGAGAUUUCAUCACAAAUGUCUCGAUUGCCAAGCAGGGCUUUGAGAGGAUGGGCUUUUCAGCCUGCUUUGGCGGUCCUCUGUUUAAUAUUUUGUUAGGCAUUGGAAUCUCUUUCACAAUGGCCACUAUCGGAAGUGGUGAUAAUCAAGUCUACAUCCGCUACGGAGAUUUUGGGCCUGUAAUCGCCAUAUUUUUGGCGAUAAGUAUGUUGUCCUCCUUGAUCGCCUUGAUUUUGAUGGGCUUCACCACGAGACGUGCCUACGGCAUCUACCUUCUGUUGCUCUAUUUCUUAUUUUUGGUUGCCGCCAUCCUCGCUGAAGUUGGACAACUGCCUCUGGACUGGCUCCCGAGAUCAAGAAGCCCUACUUUCAAUCCUUAGCGAAUUUCCCAAUGCUAAAAAAGCAACUUCAAAAUACCAAUUUUAGUUGGAGAAUUUUGGUACAAAGUAAAAAAAUAUAAUGUUUAGUUCCUAAGGUUUCUGACUUAGUAGAAGGCCUUUUAGAGUUCUAUUCUCCAUGUGGAUAGUUGAAUUUCUGAAAGAAUUGAGAGGAAAUAAUGACAGUGACCAACUGUGAUAAAGCCUUGUGGUUAGUGUAAAAAAUAUUCUUUUUUGCAUUUAAGUGUUAUAAAAAUUCUACAUUAAUAUAUUUUGAAUUCGAACA